AUGGGUACCUUAACUAUUCAUUUCUUAAUGGUUUUUGGUGGUGUUGAUACUUCUUAUGGGAAUUCCCAGUCGUUCCACAGCUUCAGUUUUCAAGUUCAGCAAGGUGGGAGUUCUUUAGUCGAGGAGCCACUGGAUCCAUUUUCUCUUGUUGCUGAUGAACUCUCUCUUAUUGGUAAUCGGCUACGUGAGAUGGUGGUUGCUGAGGUCCCUGAGCUUGCCUCAGCUGCUGAAUACUUCUUUAAGAUGGGGGUAGAGGGAAAGAGGUUUCGGCCCACGGUUCUAUUGUUGAUGGCAUCAGCGUUGAAUGUGUCACUACCUGGAUCUGUUCCCGAUGCCGUGGCUAAUUUUUCCAAUGAACUCCGUACCAGGCAGCAGUGUAUUGCUGAGAUUACCGAGAUGAUUCAUGUUGCAAGUCUUCUUCAUGAUGAUGUCUUGAAUGAUGCUGAUACAAGGCGUGGUGUUCGUUCCCUUAAUUUCUUAAUGGGGAAUAAGAAUUGGGUUACUUUUUGACUCUGCGGGACA